CGAAUGCGUGUGUGUGCUUUCCUUUCAUCUUAUCAUAAAAGUUUACUCACAACCGGGAAAUUUCGAUCAAUAUAGUAGCAUUCCGGCCUCAAACAAAUUAGUGAGUGACUGAAUUUGGUGGUUUGUUGUUCAUACUUUAGUUGUAAUAAUGCCGUCGCCGUCAGAGUCAGAGUCCAGCCCCACAAAUCUCGAGCACCAGAGGCAGCUGUCAGAGGACAUAACCGUGGCCAUGGGUGGAGUAGCAGAACGUUUGCCGCCCGUCAACAAGGAUGAUAAUCGCUUUCCCUACUGCAUCGUGUGGACGCCCAUUCCAGUGUUGACUUGGAUACUUCCCAUGAUCGGUCACAUGGGCAUUUGCACCUCAAUCGGUGUGAUACGCGACUUUGCUGGCGCCUACUUUGUUUCCGAAGACCAGAUGGCGUUUGGAAAUCCAACUCGCUACCUGCGCCUGCAUCCGAAAUACGCCCAGGGCGGCACCAAUGCCUGGGACGAGGCCGUGUCGAAGGCCUCCGUUCUGUAUGGCACGAGGAUACACAACAUUUUCUGCGACAAUUGCCACUCGCAUGUGGCAACGGCCCUCAACAAUAUGCGCUACAAGAACAGCAGCAGCUGGAACAUGAUCAUCCUCAGUAUGUGGCUCUUUGUCUGCGGCCGCUACACUAGCAUCUGGGGCAUACUCAAGACGUGGCUGCCGUUUGCUAUCUUCGUCACCAUUAUAGUUCUGCUGGCAGUUUACUUUUAGUGAGUGCUGUGUGCGAUGUCGUUCCAAUGGUUAUUCUAAUUGUUAUUGCUAUGUCUAAGAUAUCUUUUAUUUGUAUUUCUUUGUAGUUACAAAAUAAAUGUAUGUACUUUAACGUUAG